AUGGACGGCGGCUACGGUGGCGAGAAGAGCGCGCUGGCCUCGGAGCUGGCGCAGGUGCUGGCCAUGGUCCGGGAGCUGGAGGCGCGCAUGGACCAGGACCCGCUCCCGGCGGCCGCGCGGGAGCUCUGCGCCGAGCUGGCGUCGUCCGUGGACAGGUCCAUCCGCAUCGCCAGGUCCUGCUGCGGCGACUCCCCGGCGUCCGGGGCUGGCAGCCCCACAGCGACGGCGGCAAUGCCACCGCCGCCCAGUCCAAGAGGAGGCAAGUCGAUCGGUCUUCGGACGAUCUUGUUUGUUUCAUCAGAGAAGGGGACGCCGUGCGUGAGGAGGCAGCUGCGGGCGGCGUCGGUGCAGGACGCGGCGGCGCUGGACGACGGGCUCAGCUGGAGGAAGUACGGGCAGAAGGACAUCCUGGGCGCCAAGUACCCCAGGGCCUACUUCCGGUGCACGCACCGCCACUCGCAGGGCUGCCUCGCCACCAAGCACGUGCAGCGCGCCGACGGGGACCCGCUGCUGCACGACGUCGUGUACCACGGCGCGCACACCUGCGCACAGGCCGCGCACCCCAGCGCCCAGCAGCUGCGGCAGGAGCUGCAGCUGCAGCCCGGGCACGGGCACGGCGCCCAGGAGGACCAGGGAGCCUCCCUGCUCGCGCUGGAGACCGAGGGCCUGCGGGCCGGUCUGCUAGUAGAGCCCAUGACGCCCUACUGGUUCGCCUCCGCGGCUGCGGCUGGUGACGGCGCAGACUUCGCCGGCUGCUUCCCGCUCCUCUCGCCGACGGCCUUGGACUGGCAGCUGAGGAGCAGCCACCCGGCAGGCAGCCUCGGGGUCGGCAUCGGCAUGGAGUUCGAGACCCAGUUCGAGGAGCUGUUCACCACCAAUGCAACGGAGCCCUUUCAAUGGGACCUCUAUGCGGCCAAUUAG